UAAUUUAACACAAUCCAAACACAACCUAAUCUACAGUGUCCCCUGUGACCUUUUCAGUUUUCUACGGAGGUCGUCUCUCUCUCUAUCUCUCUCUGCCUUUCCCGCAAUCGAGCGUUCCCGGAACCUCUCCUCACCCCCCAAACCCCCGUUGAAUCCCUUAUCCAUAGAGAUUGCAGAUUACCGAUCAAACUUCAAAGACAUUUUUGGUUUUUAGAUGUAGAUUGAGAAAUAGAGAGAGAAUAUGGCUCCGUCCGCGGCCGAAUCCCCAUCGGCUAUACAAGCAGAAAGGCUGAGACAAGAUGGAAACACCUACUUCAAGAAAGAUCGCUUCGGCGCCGCCAUCGAUGCGUACACUGAGGCCAUCACUCUGUGCCCUAAUGUUCCCGUGUACUGGACCAAUCGCGCUUUAUGUCAUCGCAAGCGCAAUGAUUGGACGAAAGUGGAAGAGGAUUGUAGAAGAGCAAUUCAACUCGAUCACAGUUCUUUCAAGGCCCACUACAUGCUCGGGCUGGCAUUGCAACGAAGGCAUGAAUAUGCUGAAGGAAUCAAGGAAUUGGAAAGAGCUUUGGAUCUUGGGAGGGGUGCCAACCCACAGAGUUACAUUGUUGAGGAGAUAUGGCAGGAACUUGCAAAAGCCAAAUACCUGGAAUGGGAGCAUGAAUCUAACAAACGUUCAUGGGAAUUGCAAACCUUGAAAGAAGCUUGUGAGUCUGCUCUUAAAGAGAAACUUUCACUUGAUUCUUCCCAAAUCGAAGGGUUUUUAGAUGAUACUAUUGAUUCCAAUUCUGCGCAAUUGGAGGCUCUAGGACAAGUAUUUGAGAAAGCGGCCGAAGCUGACUUACCAACAGAGGUGCCAGAUUACCUAUGUUGUAAAAUAACGCUGGAUAUAUUCCGUGAUCCUGUCAUUACUCCGAGUGGGCUUUCGUAUGAGAGGGCAGUGAUCCUUGAGCAUAUGGAGAAGGUGGGAGAGUUUGAUCCGAUCACACGUGAACCUCUGCACCUAUACCAACUGAUACCAAAUUUGGCCAUUAAAGAAGCAGUGCAUGCAUUUCUAGACAAGCAUGGCUGGGCAUACAAGAUGGAUUGAAAGUUAAAGAGUUGAAUUGUUAUAAAAGAGAGGGGCAAGAAUCGAGUAUGAAUAUUUGGUCAUCCCUUGAAACCCUCUUGCCACAACAGAUUGAUUGGCCCCAAUUGUUGUCCUGAUGCACCAGCGAACGUGUUUGCUUUGCAGUCUUCUCAAACUGUACAGGUGAUAUGGCUUAUUGUAUUUUGUACAGCUUAUUGAACCUUGCUUGAAGAUGAAUUCUGGUGUGAUAGAGAGAUUGCCUUCUCAUUUGCGAUAGAGAUGAUCAAACAAUCUUUCCUCUUAAGACAAAUUGUACCAAAGGGAGCCAGUUGACUGAGCUUUUAAUUGUGUCCUAGUUGCUAUGACAAGCAUUCUCAUAUUAUGUGUGCAAGGCUAGUUGGCUUAAGAGGUCCUCAGAAUUAAUCUGCUGGGAUGGCAGUGUUUUCAUUUGUAUUUGUGAUAUUAAACCGGUAUAAACCUUGAGUGGGUAUAAAUUCGCGUGCUGCUGGAAUUCUCGCGCAACUUUUUUAUUCCGAGUAACAUGUUACCUCA